UGCAUGCUUUCAGUAUGGAAGAACUAAACGGGUUGAGCCACAGUAUAUAGUUAUACUUACGGUGGUAAAAUGUAUUGGAAAAGAUGUACAAAAACAAUCGUUAUCAUUAACUUUCAAAUGCAAAGACAAUGAACCAUUACUUUAGAUUUACAAAAAAGAUAAAUUACUACAUGAACCAAAUAUACAUUUACUUCCUUUUCAGGUUUUUUUUUAGUUUUCAGUUACAUUUCACACAAUAGGCAUUUGUUAAGCUGGAAAACAACUAUUACACUUGUGAAAAAAAUGUUUGGAGUUAACAUGAUUAAGAGAUGUAUAUCGUAAAGUAGACAUAUAAAGUGUACUUAAUUUGAUAUUUAUAUAAUAUUUAAUUUAAUAAAAUCUUUAAGAAGAUCCUUAUAUUAGUGUUAUUAUGUAGCAAACUGAUGGAUCAAAAUAAACCCAACCCAUAAUAAAGAAUUAUAAAAUAAGUUUAAUGUAUUUGAGAUCACUUUACUUAUUAGUACUGGGGAAAAUACCGAGUAACAAAACGUCGACCAAUGUUGUGUAUUUGAAUAGUGAAAAGUACGAACUUCCAAUUUAAUCAGAUCGAUAACGCGUACUUAAGAUAUCGCCGGAUAGUGUUUUUGAUAUUUUUCUAAUUGAUGUAGCACAUCAGGCCUGUCGCAAAAACAUGCCGUCACGAGAUGAACAGAACGAUGGGAGACCUCCGAACAGACCAUGGUUGACAGUUUCGCUGUUUCUUUCAUGUUUGACAGGACUAGUGUUACAGGUGCUUAGUUUCGCAUAUCUGUUUCAAGGACUGUGUAACAAUGUACCAGCGGACAGGGCAUACUGUAUGAACAGUACAAACAAUACGGGAAAAUUGGAUAAUGAAACAACAGAUAAACCAGAGGGUGUUCCGUACUACAGAGGAUAUCAGGUUUUUAUAGGACUUGCCCUCUUCACUGAAAUCUUAGUUAUCGUGAAACUAAGCUCCAAAAUCGAAUGCUGUGUUAAACUCUUCGUCACCCCAAGAUGUGCUGAGUUUUGGGAAUGCUGUUUAUCUUGUGGAAAUUGUUGGUACAUUAUGGAUGGAAUCAGUGUUAUUCUCAAUUUGCUUGGUAUUAUAUCCGUGUGCAUGGGAAUUCCAUUCAGUGAUAUGAUAUACUAUAUUGUCGGCUUCAGACUUGGAUUUGGAAAUCUACUAUUCGGGUUUAUCAAGUUGACUGCUUGGACGAUUUAUUCAAUAUACAGGCGAAGUUGUUGCCCAGACUCAGAAUAUUUCCUUUGGUCAAGUCGAAGAUUAUCAGAAACAUUUACUAUAGAAACUACUGCAGUUAUAAUAACUUCGACAGAAACGAGAAAGGCAAUUUAACGUCACACCGACACAAAUAUAGAUUUUUGGGUUAAAAGAAGACCAAAUGUGUCCCCGUCCUUGCAUUGCCAGCACAAGUACAUACCCGGGUAGAACCAACGGCCUUCUAUAAGCCAACAUGAUGUCUUCCUCCCAUGAAAGAAAUAUGCACCUCUAACGAUAUUUCAAGCCCACAGUUAUGAGGAGCAGGUGGUUCCAAGUCAGCUAUCUUACCACUCGGCCGCUGUGGCUUCUAGAAUGUCAGAGAUAGUCAAUCGUUUACUGAACUUUACACAAGAUUAACCCUUUUUGUUAGUUGGUAGCGUUGAAGAACAACUUUCCUUGAGUUACUUUUCAUAAUCAAAUUAAACGUACGUGAUCACAUUACCAUUUAUUUGCUUAAAUGUUUGACCAGGUAUUUUCCGUAUAGCUAAAAUGCGUUUAAAAACUAGAAAGCUAUCUCAUGUAAUACACAAUGUUAUUUUAUUUCAAUCUUUUUUAUAUGUUAUAACACACUGUGACACUAAAUAGCUGUUCGUCUUUAUUCUAUAUAAAAUUGACCUAUUUCCAAUGACCGCAGCACACAUCAGGACCCAUUUUAAAUGUCUGUAACUUACAUUUUCUUGAAGAAUAUUGUCAGUGCUAAGGAAAAAUCAAAAGAAAAGUGGGGGUCAUGUUUGAUGCAAGAAAAAUAUUUUCAGUCAAACACAAAAACUGCAAAAAUAGCUUAAAAAUGAGACCCAAAAUUAUAGUGGUGGUGUAUGAUCUAAGUUUUCAUGAAAAAUUCUGUCAUGUUGUUAUUUCAUUAUGAAAAUACUAUCUACAUGUCAAGAUAGAUCUGUCAUGUGAUUUUAGCAAAUAAAUUGCAAAGAAAAUAAGGAAAAUAGCUCUACAGAACAAAAAAAACAACAAAACAAAAAACUGAGGACUAUUUGUAUCAGCCAUUAUGCGACUACAAUUUUUUUCCGCGCCAUUUUUCUAUUUAGUGUCUGUAUGCCUAUAUGAUUACUGAUUUAGGAGAUUUAGUUAUGCCGCGUUGGCGUGCGCACGGUUUAUGUAGCAUAUUUCGCUGCAUCGUCAUGGCGCGCACGCUAGAGCGACAUAAUGAUAUGUCCUAAAUAAACCAUUAUUAUCUAUAAUAUCUCAUAUACAGCGUGAAAUACACAGUAAGAGAUAUCUACAGAAAGCGUAUGUGUAUGUAAGAUUAUUUAAAGCCAGCAGUAGCCUAUGUGGGCAACUCCUCCAGAGACUGAUGGUAGUUUUAAUGAAAUGACGGUGCAAGAUAAGAAGGCGCUCCAUUCUGAAAGCUUUCCUGGUUCUUUAGUGUGCCAGAUGUAGUGCAACCAUACACUGGAAUCUUAUCCCACUGUUAGUAAUUUCAGUUUUAGGAAUUUGGACUAAAAUUCUCGAGCCCUGGU